UUCAGGUAUUCAUUUUAGAAAGCUGACUCUAGAAUGGAAAUUUGUUCUUUCUAUUCGACACCCUAUUACUGCAUUGUAAAUGUUAAACCGAAUGUGAUUCAAAAAUGCCUAAUUUCAAAUCAGGCAAUGUUUCCUAGACUAAAAGAACGAAGGUUGUGUUCUGGUUCAGAUGUUUAUAGCGUAACGAAAAACAAGAACCGGAGAUCUUGCACUGUCGCUUCUGUAAAGGGGGUUGACAGUGUUGACUCAACUCUCUUGAGUGAAAGCUAUAGCUCAGAUGUGGUAGAUGGGAAAGUCGGUACGCAAGGUGUGACUAGUAGAGGUAUAUCAGUACCAAAGGUUAUGAUUCCUAGUUUACCAAGUGAAGCUAAAGGUGAUGCUGUUGCUGUGAUUGAUAGCUGUUUGUGGGAAUGGAAGCCAAAACUGAAUGUUCAUUAUGAGAAAUCUGGAUGUCAAAAUGUUAACUCCGCGCCAAUACUUUUUCUUCCUGGUUUUGGUGUUGGUUCCUUUCACUAUGAAAAGCAGCUGAAGGAUCUUGGUCGUGAUAACAGAAUAUGGGCAUUAGAUUUUAUUGGACAGGGGAAGUCAUUACCUUGUGAGGAUCCAACAUCACGGUCUAAAAGAGUAGAUGAAUCGGAAGGUGAUGGAAACAAUGUUCUCUGGGGUUUGGGGGAUGAAGCAGAACCUUGGGCAAAAGAGCUUGUUUAUUCUGUUGAUUUAUGGAGGGAGCAAGUACGCUAUUUCAUCGAAGAGGUUAUUAAAGAACCAGUCUACAUUGUGGGAAAUUCACUUGGUGGAUAUGUUGCCCUCUACUUUGCAGCAUACUACCCUCAAUUGGUGAAAGGUGUAACCUUGCUGAAUGCGACGCCUUUUUGGGGAUUUCUUCCUAAUCCUGUUAGAUCUCCAAGAUUAUCUAGAUUGUUUCCAUGGGCUGGUACUUUUCCUCUGCCCUCUAAUAUCAGAAAGCUUACAGAACUUGUAUGGCAGAAAAUAAGUGCUCCUGAGAGUAUCGCAGAGGUGCUUAAACAAGUUUAUGCUGAUCAUACCACAAAAGUGGAUAAGGUUUUCUCUAGUAUUCUUGAGGUAACAGAACACCCUGCAGCAGCUGCAUCCCUUGCCUCAAUAAUGUUCGCUCCUCAGGGACAACUAAAUUUCAAAGAGGCACUGACUGGGUGUCGAAUGAACAAUGUACCGGUCUGUCUCAUUUACGGGAAAGAAGACCCCUGGGUGACGCCUAUUUGGGGUUUACAAGUGAAACGCCAAGUCCCUGAAGCUCCAUAUUAUCAGAUUAGUCCAGCUGGUCACUGCCCCCAUGAUGAAGUCCCAGAGAUUGUGAAUUUUUUGCUGCGCGGAUGGAUCAAGAACGUUGAAUCGGAUAGUUCAGUUGCAUUGCCUCUGCUAGAUUAUCCAGAAAGCAUUGAAUACGACGUUGUCAAAGAAUUGGAAUUUGUUCGGCAAGGAGUGAAAAAAUCAGCAAAAGUGCAAUUUUAUGGAUCAAUGACUUCUCAAUGGGAGAGGCUUGGCAUGUUUUUAAAAUCUAGAUUCCAAAAUGGAGUUUACUCUCCAUAAUUGCACAUAUCUUUUUUUUUCAUUUCUUUGUAUCCACAUAUUGUGUGAUCAAU